UUAGAUUCACGUCGUGGUUUUCCUAUUGAGUAUUUGAGUAUUCUACAACUAUUCUAUAUUUAUUCAUUCACGGACUAAGAGUAUAGAGUCUAUCUUAGUACGUUUACUGAUUGGAUUGGGUGGGGAUUAUGAGCAGUGGCGUCUGCAUAGUGCAUGGCUCGAUGCCCAACUACCCACUACCCAGUACCCAAGCACCUUGUGUUCGGACGCCAUAUUGACUCAACUGUCUCAACUACCAAAAUGCCAGUGGGCAAUGCCAACUUUCAAUCAGCCAUCUGCAGUCUACACUAUACAGGUCAACAAUCUUUUUUCUAUGCUCUACAGUCAACACCAUAGAAUCGUCAUAGAGUAAAGAUAGUUGACAGUUCACGUUCACGCUUCACAGUUAUAACUAUACUAACUACUCGUGUCAGAAUAAAUAGCUUGUGUACUUGCGAGUUGCGUUUGUUUUGUGACUUGAAAUGGUUGAGCUUAAACACUUGGACGUCUCGAACACGUUUUACACAAAUUUUAAUUGUUUUAUUAUUCGUUAACAGUCCGUUUAGUGAUACCAAAUUUGAUUUCAUUACCAUUAUAAUAUGGACUGCGCGGCUUAAAGUGUUCCUUACGGUUUCUCAACAUAAUAUUAUUUUUACCGCAUUUAUUGUUCAAACGUUUUCGAAUAUUAUUUAUACUUGUCGUAUCGAUUGUACCUGCUGUUUACGUUUAAACCAUUAUUCAUCAUGUUUUCUGAUAUCGAAGUUAUGAAUAUGUUUCAUAAAGGUAGUAAUAUAGUCGAUCGAUUAUUCUACAUGGAAUGUUUUCAAAAAAAAGAAAUGAUGGGUGAAGUGUAUGUUGCGUUUGCAAAGCUACCUACUGCUAGAGAUAAAUUCCUAUACACAUAUAAUCUACUUAAAAAAUAUAAGAAAUUACCUACGGAGUGUAAAUUGACAAAUCCCAAAAAUAACAAAAAAGCUCGAAAAAUCAGAGCUGAUGCAAAUAUAAAAUUUCAAAACGCUGAGUUUAACUCCGCUUUAUUUGAGUACAAUAAAAGUGUUAUGACUGCAAAAAUCGACACUGAAGACUAUGCAUUGGCUUUGGCAAAUCGUUCAGCUGCCCUCUAUCAUUUAGAAGAAUAUGAUGCCUGUGUCCAAGACAUUCACCGUGCUUUAACAAAUAAAUAUCCUAUCGAACUGUCUUAUAAGUUAUAUGAAAGAGAAGUGAAAUGUCUAAAAUAUAUGGGGAAGAUAUCAGAAGCCAAAUUAAAAUUUAAAGAAUUUUUGUCUCAUUUAUUUCUAGCCUUUAUUUCUAAAGAAAAGAAAAAAGACAUUGAAAUGCAAAUUAAAAGAUUUUUGAAGGAAACCAAUAAAAAAGAGACAAAUAAUAAACAAGAUAAACUCAAUGUAAUCAAAUUAUUUGGAGGUCCAAAUAGAAAUAUCCCAGCAUUGUCCAAAUUUGUCAAAAUGAAGUAUUCAGAAUCGAUGGGUAGAUGUUUGGUUGUUUCAUCCGAUAUUAAUCCAGGAGAAGUUCUUGCUAUUGAAAAACCUUAUGUAGGGGUACUAACAAGUGAAUCCUAUGGAUAUAACUGUCAGAACUGUUUUAAACGUUGUUUAAAUGGCAUACCUUGUCUAAAAUGUACUUUGGUAAUUUACUGUGAUGAAACUUGUAGAAUAAAAUCUUAUGAGAGUGGCCAUAAAUAUGAAUGCUCAUUGUUUUCAACAUUUAACAGUUGGCCUGGUAUGGAUCACAUGGAACAUCUUUCACUUAACAUAUUCUUAAAAUCAGUUUGUGAGUUAGGAUUAGACAAGUAUAUUGCUACUGUAUGUGCUUUGAAUACUGAUACUACUGAUCCGAUGAUGCGAGGCUUUAAUAAUAUUGGCAAAUAUUUAUCUGACCAAUUUUGUUCUGUAUACACGUUGGAAGGAAAUGAAACUAAAAGAUCAGUAAGCGAUCUAUUUUCAAGACAUUGUCAUGCUGCAGUUAUGGUUUCAAUUAUGACAUUAGCAGGCCUACAAAUACCAAAUCAUCAAUUAGGUACUGUUGGUGAAUCAUUAGUUCAUAUAAUAUGUGUAGUUUCCUCUAAUGCUCAUGGUAUAACACAACCCUCGGAUUGUGAGACCCAACUUAAGUUGAGUCUUGAUAACAGAUUUGUACCAGUUGCUUCUUUGUUAAUGCCAGUGCUGAGCUUGUUGAACCAUCAUUGUGAUCCUAAUGUAGUAAGACACAACUACAAUGGAACUAUAGUCCUCACAGCUAUUCAACCUAUUUCUAAAGACUCACAGCUUUUUGAUAAUUAUGGAUUAUUGUAUGCUACACAUCCAAAAGAAUCUAGACUUCAAAUACUUAAAAACCAAUAUUGUUUUUCUUGUGAGUGUUCAUCUUGUGAAGAUAAUUGGCCAUUAUAUGAUGUAUUAGCUGAUCAGCCACGAUCAGAAUGUAAAAUAUUUACUGACAUCAGUUUGGACUUGUUAAAAAAAUCAUCGAUUAAGUUAUAUGAAAUAAUUAACAAAAUUAAAUCAAAUGAAUGUGAUGGUCUCCAAUACAUUCAGUUCUUAUACUCUCAUUUGAAACUUCUUCACGAUAAUAUAAGAAGACCCUGGGGAGAGUACUGCGACUGUCAGGAAACUAUCAAAGAAAUUCUCUACAGCACAGCCAAUAAGUUUAUUAUUGAAGAUUAUUAAUUUAUUAUUAUAAAUACUGAGGUUAAGUAUUAUUUUAUUAAUCAAAAACUUUUUUAUGUAAUAGCCAUGGAGAAAUUGUAUUUUUUUUUUAUAAACUGAGAUUGAAUUUUAUUUUAUUAUUAAGGAACAUUUUAAAUUGUAACCUUUAAACAAUGAAUUCAUAUUAAAAUAUUUCUACUCAUAUUUAUAUUCUUAGAUUAUUGCAUAAGGUAUAAAAAAUUGUAAGUUAUUACACGAGAUUAUUAAAUUUAAUACAUCAUAUUUUAAUAUGUAAUAAAACUUAUUUUAUUAUCAGGUCAUGAAAUUGUUUACAAAAAUAU